UUUCUUUUUUCCCAAUCUUCAUUGGCAGAAGCCUUGACUAGACAUUAUAAGAAAAGCUAUUCACAACUUUGUUUUUAACCAUCUCUGCAACAUGACCCUGGAGUGAGGUCUGAAGUUUAAAUCUAAAAUAUCAGUUGGAUCCUGGAUUAUAUUUGUCUUUGGAAAAUCUAAUUGCUAAGUCAUGGCGCUAUAAGCUUGUUCUCCUUUUGGAAGUUCAUUAUUUAAACAAUCAAAAUAAUUGCUACACCUGACAAAAAGCCAGCUAAUUAGAACCAUGGGCCAGUUCAUCCCUCCAGUUGUGGAAAAAUUUGCAAUUUGGGACUAUUUGAUCUUUGCUGCCCUUUUUCUCGUCUCUUCUGGCAUUGGAAUCUUUUUUGCCAUUAAGGAGCGGAAAAAAGCAAGCUCUGGGGACUUUUUGGUUGGUGGCAGGCAGAUGACAUGUGGCCCAGUGGCUCUGUCUCUCACUGCUAGUUUCAUGUCAGCCGUCACUGUGCUGGGAACCCCAGCUGAGGUCUAUCGCCAUGGAUCAUCUUUCUUUCUGUUUGGCAUAGCAUAUACGCUUGUCAUCGUUUUUACUUCAGAACUUUUUCUACCUGUUUUCUACAGAUCUGGGAUCACAAGCACUUAUGAGUACCUGGAGUUAAGGUUUAACAAGCAAGUUCGCAUGGUAGCAACACUGAUUUACAUACUGCAAACGACUCUUUACACAGGAGUGGUAGUUUAUGCUCCAGCUUUGGCUCUCAAUCAAGUGACUGGAUUUAAUCUCUGGGGCUCAGUAUUUGCAACAGGAAUUGUUUGCACCUUCUAUUGUACACUGGGAGGGUUGAAAGCUGUUGUCUGGACAGAUGCCUUUCAACUGAUUGUUAUGCUGAUUGGGUUCCUGACAGUUUUAGUUCAAGGAACUCUUAAGGCUGGGGGUUUUAGAAAUGUUUGGGAAAAUGCUCAAAAUGGAUCACGUCUCAAUGUCUUUGACUUUGAUUUUGACCCCCUGAGAAGACACACAUUUUGGACAAUUGCAGUAGGAGGAACAUUUACUUGGCUAGGAAUUUAUGGGGUAAAUCAGUCCACAAUACAAAGGUGCAUUUCGUGUAAAACAGAAAAGCAUGCCAAACUUGCGCUCUACUUUAAUUUGCUGGGAUUAUGGAUCAUCCUGGCAUGUGCAGUCAUCUGUGGAUUGGUGAUGUAUUCCUUUUUUAUGAGCUGUGAUCCUUGGACUGCAGAGUUCAUUUCAGCACCAGAUCAGCUAAUGCCAUAUUUUGUGAUGAUAAUAUUUUCAUCGAUCCCUGGACUUUCAGGCCUAUUUGUUGCAUGUGCGUUCAGUGGAACACUAAGCACUGUGGCUGCAAGUAUAAAUGCUCUGGCAACAGUAACAUUUGAAGAUUUUGUCAAGCACUUUUUUCCAAAACUGUCUGAGCGUGCAAGCACUUGGACCAGCAAAGGCUUAUGCGUAGUAUUUGGAGGGCUGUGUACUAUAAUGGCUGUAGCUGCAUCACUUAUGGGGGGUGUUGUGCAGGCUUCACUUAGUAUCCAUGGAAUGUGUGGAGGACCUAUGCUGGGAUUAUUUACACUGGGAAUUAUUUUUCCUUGUACUAAUUGGAAGGGUGCUUUUGGUGGCCUCGCUACUGGAAUCACUUUGGCAUUUUGGGUUGGCAUUGGAGCUUUUGUGUAUCCUGCUCCACCAUCAAAAACUCUGCCACUCUACCUUUCAACAACUGGAUGCAAUAGGACUGAUACGUUUGUACCCAUAGUUCCGACUUUAGCUCCUGAAAGGCCUUAUUUAGCAGAUUCCUGGUAUUCUUUGUCAUAUCUCUACUACAGUGCUGUUGGGUGUCUUGGAUGUAUAAUUGCAGGAUUACUGAUUAGUUUUGCAACAGGUCCAAAUAAAGGGAAAGAUAUUAAACCACUAUUAAUUCGCCCAAUCUGUAAUAUAUUUUGCUUCUGGUCUCCUAAAUACAAGACAUUUUUCUGGUGUGGAGUGGAUCAUAACAGAAAAGAACUUCAUGAUGAAGUGAAAAUUGACUUUGAAACAAAGGCAGAUGCAAAUGAUGUGCUGAAGAAUGGAUGGAAAAACAAUUUACCUGGUUAUAACCCCUGUGAGAAAUCCUAUACUAACACAAGCAUGACUGAAUCCCGCUUUUAGCACAAAUAGUAAAAAAAAAAGAAGACAUAUAGCUGACCAUAGAGAGUUCAUAAUAACAGAAGAAAAUACUAUUUAUGUCUGCUAAUUUGCUUAGAAGACAUUUAUUUAUUAUUUAAUAGAGGGUCAUAUCUAUUCAGGUCAGUUUCAUAAUAGAUGCAUAGUUUCUAAAACACUAGCAGUACUUUAAGAAAUAAAACUUUUUUGUUUAAAAGAAUCCCAUCUUCUUAUUCAUAGCAUGGGUUGCUGCUCUCCCUCGGGCUUAAAAGUGCAAGCCAUGAUAUAGAUUGCACCUUUUGAGUAUUAUUAUUAUAGCAUCAGGGAUUAUUUUUAUCUCUGGAAGGCUGUUUCCCAGGCUUCCAAAUAAAGGUUUUAUGAAUGAA